AACGGGAAAUCGAGUCGCAGAGAGAAACGAGUCCACGCUCCACACAGCAAGCCAAAAUCCAAACCAAUCCCUCAUUCCCUCCUCCCCUUAAACCCUCCCCGCCGAUCACCAACAGCGCGCCGCCCACCAUGCUGCCAAUGGACGACGGCACGAAGCGGAAGCACCAGCCAGGCGCGCACCCCACGCGCCGCAAGGUGGUGGAGGAGCCCUUCGACCCCGCGCCGCCUCUCUCCGGUGCGGCUACUGCUGCUGCUUCUGCGGCGGCGCCCCCACCCCACCUCGUCGGCGCCAUCGUUGAGAAGGGCUUCUCCGCCGCCGCUCCCUCCUCUUCCCCUCGUCCCACCGUCCUCCCCUUCCCCGUCGCCCGCCACCGCUCCCACGGCCCCCACUGGAACCCGGUGACAAAGGACGCCUACAAGGAGAAGGGGGAGGUGGAGGACUACGGGAUGGAUGUGGACGAGGUGGACUACCAGCCCAUGGCCACGGUGGCCGGCCCAAUACGGAGGAAGGAGAAGAAGGGCAUGGAUUUCAGUAGGUGGCGAGAGUUCAUGGCUGACGACGUGCCCCCAAAGCGGAGGCAGGCAAAGAAAAACAGUACACAGAGAAUUGAUCCUGGAAUUGUGGCUGAAAAGGUGGAUGUUUCAGUGGGGGAGAGGGCUUUGGGGGGAGAUGGCAUGGAACUGGACGGUGGGAAUGCUAAGGAUGAAUUGGGUGUGACGACUUUGGUUUCUGAUGUGUUGCCAAGGAAGCCCGAGAAGCGGGUUGAUGCAGGGGAUUUAUUGAUGUUAGAAGGUGAGGCUGGGGUUGCUGAAAUGCGAGGAGAGGGUAUGCAGUUGGAUGAUGGGGAGCCAUCGGUUGCAGCAGAGAUAAAUGCAGAGAACAUAGCUAGGCUGGCAGAAAUGUCUACAGAGGAGAUUGCAGAGGCACAGGCAGAUAUUUUGAAUAGGCUGGAUCCGACCUUGGUGGAGAUACUGAAGCGUCGGGGAAAGGAGAAGUCUGGGGGCAGGAAAGAUGGGGUGAAGGAUAAGGGUGGAGAAAUUUCAGAGCCAGGGAAGACUGCAAGGGCUACUCCAGGUGCUCGUUUGGUGGUUGGUGAGCACAAUGGAUACUCUUGGAAGGCAUGGAGCGAGAGAGUGGAGCGAAUCAGGCUGUGUAGGUUCACACUGAAUGGAGAUAUUUUGGGGUUUCAAUCUUGCCAGGAACAGCAAGAUGGCAAGAACAGAAAUGCAGAAAGGGUAGCUGAGCGUGACUUCCUCCGAACAGAGGGCGAUCCUGCCGCUGUUGGUUACACAAUCAAUGAGGCACUGGCACUUACCAGGAGCACGGUCCCUGGGCAGCGUGUACUUGGACUGCAGCUUCUUGCUUCUGUUCUGAAUAGGGCAGUGCACAACCUGCAUGAGAUGGAUCUAGCUGAUAAUUUGGAAGGAGCUAAUGGCGCCGACAAGCUUGAUGAUUGGCAAGCAGUUUGGGCCUAUGCCCUGGGGCCUCAACCAGAGUUGGUUCUCUCUCUGAGGAUGGCAUUGGAUGAUAACCAUGCGUCUGUAGUUCUUACCUGUGCCAAAGUUAUUAAUGUUAUGCUUACCUAUGACAUGAAUGAGGCAUAUUUUGAAUUUUCAGAGAAAGUAGUACAUCAGGGGAAAGAUAUCUGCACAGCUCCUGUUUUUCGUAGCAAACCUGACCUGGAUGGAGGUUUCCUUGAAGGUGGGUUUUGGAAAUAUAACACAAAACCGUCAAAUAUACUUCCACAUUAUGGUGAAAACGCUGAAGAAGAAGGUGAUGAGGAACAUACCAUUCAAGAUGAUGUCGUUGUAUCUGGACAAGAUGUUGCUGCUGGCCUUAUUAGGAUGGGAAUCCUACCACGUAUCUGCUCCCUUUUGGAGAUGGACCCUCCUCCAAUUCUUGAAGAUUAUCUUGUUUCAACUCUUGUGGCAUUAGCUAGACACUCUCCACAAUCUGCUGAUGCCAUCUUGAAUUGUACAAAUCUUGUUCAAAGUGUUGUUAAGCUGUUGGUCAAGCAAGGAUCAAUGGAAAUUCACUCGUCACAGAUCAGAGGGGUUACUCUCUUGAAGGUUUUGUCCAAAUACAACAGACAAACAUGCUCCAAUCUUGUGAACCGUGGAGUUUUUCAGCAGGCGAUGUGGCAGUGGUACAGAAAAGCUUAUACCCUUGAGGAUUGGAUAAGAUCUGGAAAGGAACAAUGCAAGCUGAGUUCAGCAAUGAUGGUUGAGCAGCUGCGGUUUUGGAGAACCUGUAUUUCAUAUGGGUUUUGCAUAGGGCACUUCACAGAUUUUUUCCCUGUUUUGUGUCUGUGGCUCAGCCCUCCACUGUUUCAGAAUCUAAGCAAAAGCAAUGUUCUUUCUGAGUUUAGUUCAAUUUCAAGAGAGUCUUAUCUUGUAUUAGGAGCUCUGGCACAGAGGCUGCCACUUCUUCAUUCAAUGGAGCAGCUUGGCAAGCAAGAUAUGGGAGUUUCUGGCAGUUAUAUUGAAAUGUGGUCUUGGAGUCAUGUAGUUCCAAUGGUAGAUCUGGCGUUAUCUUGGUUACAUCUGAACGAUAUUCCGUAUUUGUGUUCACUGAUCAAUGAGCAGAGUGAGAAUACAGCACAUAUACUAGAGGAAAGCUGUUUGGUUUUGUUGAUUUCUUCUGUGCUUGGCAUGCUUAAUUCUAUAUUAGAAAGAAUAUCACCAGAUGGCACUCCUGAUGUUAAAAGUUACUGCUUGCCUUGGAUACCUGACUUUGUCCCCAAAAUUGGCCUGGGCAUAAUUACUAAUAACUUUUUCAGCUUCUCCCGUGAUGAUGUUGUUGGACAUGAGGAUCAGCUGUCUUUCUGUGGUGUAUCGUUGGUGCAGGGGCUUUGUCGUAUGAGAUCCCAGGGUAAUGUUGAUGCAUCAUUAUCUUCCAUAUGUUGUCUUCAAAGAUUAGUGCAGCUAUCCUUCUCUGUUGACAGAGUAAUCCAGAGAGUGUCAACAAAAUGUUCCGAGCCUGUCAAAGAAUCUAAAACAGGGAUAGCUGGCAAGAUAUUAGGACAAGGCAUUUCCAGUUUAUGGCAUCAUGACUUGUUGAACUCUCUAAAUGUGAUGUUGCCAUUGAGUUCCUCACAGUGGCCAGUAUUAAAGAACAUAGAGACGUUCGGUAGAGGAGGACUAGCUCCUGGUGUUGGGUUUGGCUGGGGGACUUGUGGUGGAGGGUUUUGGUCUCUGAAAUGCCUACUUGCACAACUGGAUUCACAGUUGGUCUUAGAGUUGAUCAAAAUCUUCUCUGCAGUACCAGAAGUUCUUGUUACUCCCAGUAAAGGUGUGAACUCAGAUAAUGUGACUAAUCCAGUUGCCAAAGCAUCAGGGAGAAUUAGUCCUGUCCUUGGUGUAUCUUUGAUUGCAGGACCUGGCCAGAUCACUACGUUGGAGACAGCCUUUGAUAUCCUCUUCCAUCCUUCAAUUCUGAAGUGUCUCAAAUCUUCUAUGCAAAGUAUGGCUUCUCAAAUGGAAUUACCAAAAACUUCAGAGUGGGAGAUAACUGAAGAUGAAUAUCAGCAUUUUAGUAGUGUGCUGAAUUCACAUUUCAGAUCUAGAUGGUUGGUCAUCAAGAAGAAGUCAGACAAAUAUGCAAGAGAUAACAGUGGCAUCAAUAUGCCAAAAUUAUCAGAGACGUUGGAUACGAUUCAAGAAGAAGUAGAGUUUACGGAAACUGUAAAUCCACCUUGUGGCACGUUAGUUGUAGAGUGGGCACACCAGAGACUGCCUCUUCCUGUACAUUGGAUUCUAAGUUCAAUCUGCUGCAUUGAUGAUGCAAAAGGCACCCUUUCAGUGUUAGCCAACCAUGCUGUUGAUGUUUCAAGAGCUGGUCUUAUCUUUCUUUUUGGUCUCGAAGCCAUUUCAUCCGCUCCAUGUCUUGAUGCUCCUUUAGUUUGGAAAAUACACGCACUUUCUGCCUCUCUCCGAACUAACAUGGACUUGCUUCAAGAAGACAGAAGCAGGGAUAUUUUUAAUGCUUUGCAAGAAUUGUAUGGCCAACAUCUGGACAUGUUAUGCCAUAAAUACUAUCGAUCUCACUCUGUAAAGAACGAUGAGGUUGUAGGAUCUGUGACUACUGUUGAAGAAGCAAAAGCGAUCAGUUCUCUUGAAAUUCUCGGAUUUAAGGAGAAAAUUCAUGGGAGCUAUACUACCUUUGUUGAGAGCGUUAUUGACCAAUUCGCAGCUGUCUCGUAUGGAGACGUUAUCUUUGGUCGGCAAGUCGCCAUUUAUUUGCAUAGAAGUGUUGAGACCGUGGUGCGGCUUGCAGCCUGGAAUGCAUUAUCUAAUGCUUAUGUGCUUGAACUCUUGCCUCCUCUAGACAAAUGCAUUGGUGAUAUCAAAGGAUACUUGGAGCCUUUUGAGGACAACGAAGCAAUUUUGGAAGCUUAUGCAAAAUCAUGGACAUCUGGUGUCCUUGACAAAGCUUCUCAGAGGGAUUCUAUGUCUUUCACACUAGUGAGGCAUCACCUUUCUGGUUUUGUUUUUGAGCGCAAUGCUUCCAUCAAAGUGCGUAAUAAGAUGGUUAAGUCACUUAUCCGGUGUUAUGCUCAGAAGCAGCAUCAUGAGGCUAUGCUCCAGGGUUUUGUUCUGCAUGGCACGCAAAGCAGUGAUGAAGUUAGCCGAAGAUUUGAAAUCUUGAAGGAUGCCUGUGAGAUGAAUUCUUCCCUCUUAGCCGAAGUUCACAGACUGAAGACAUCAAUCGAUGGAUAAUUGCUAGAAUAUAUUCCUAGCAUGGUAAGAGUUGAGCACUAGGAAAAACCAAAAGAGAGUAGCAGUCAGUUCAGUGCCGCUUCCAUAUUUGCUGAGCUUAGUAUUUUACAUUACGAAUUGCCCUGACAGUAGCUGAUAUAUCGAAAGCUCAAAGAACCUCUCACUGACACUGGAGAGCAAGAACUGCAUUUUUGGCGAUUGUAAAUAACAAUGUGUGGGGACGUGGGUUGACUUAGUGACUACAUAAUCAUAAAGUGGCCAUGCUCAUGGGAACUCUCUGGACUUGCCCGGGUGUUUAUGAGGCAUUGACUGACUUGCUGGGGCAGACCAUGUUCCGUCGAGUCAAUCUCCAGUCCAAGUCCAGUGUUCUGCUAUGAUUAUCUGUGCACUCGUUCGGCAAAGACUAAAAUCCUAGCCAUGUCUUUACUGCGCUUACCUAUGCAUUCGUUCGGCAAAGACUUAAAAUCAUAGCAAUGUCUUUGUGCGCUUCGUUAACUUGCCAUGCUAUUUAAAGAUGUGUUUGUCUUUGAGUUAUAGUUCGAAUCAAGAUGUAGACGGGCGAGAGCAAACACCUCUGUACGUCCUUCUAUCAGUUGCUAAUAUUCUAUGAACAUCUGAUCUGUCAUUUUAUACAAUUGAUGUAACAGUGAUGGUGUCAA